AUGCAUCAGCGCAGCUAUCCCAUGUCCCCUAAUUCUGGAAUGCAUAUGUCCAGAUUUUCUAAAGUUAAGGAAGUGGCAGCCAUCCGAUGCAUGCAUUAUGUUGCAGACUUGUGUGAAUCCAAAUAUGCCACUUAUCCACUCAUUGUUCCUAUGUUAUCCCUUCCAGCAGGCAGAUUUGGCUACCAAGAGCUAUUGCGUAAUUCCACAUACUGUCUUGUACCCCGGGGCAGAAGGCUUGGCUCAUUUCGGUUUCUUGAAGCACUUCAGGCUGCCUGCAUCCCUGUGCUGCUCAGUAAUGGUUGGGAACUACCAUUCUCUGAGGUCAUCGACUGGAGUAAGGCUGUGAUUGUAGGAGAUGAGCGACUGCUGCUACAGAUUCCAUCUACAGUGAGGUCAAUUGAUCAAGACAGAAUCCUGGCAUACCAGCAGCAGACCCAGUUCCUUUGGGAAGCAUAUUUCUCAUCUGUCGAUAAAAUUGUGCAGACCACAUUAGAGAUUAUAAAAGAUCGAGUAUUCAGGCAUGUAGCAAGAAGCCAACUGAUGUGGAACAGGCUUCCCGGAGGGCUGUUUGUAUCUCCUCAGUACUCAACUUAUAUGGGAGAUUUUCCAUUUUACUACUUAACUCAAGGUCUGAGUCCUUCAGAACAGUUUACUGCUGUCAUCCGUGCCAUUUCUCCUCUUGUCUCACUGUCGCAACCAAUCAUGAAGCUCCUGCAGUCGGUUUCAAGAUCCAGAUUCUGUGCACAGAUCAUCAUUUUGUGGGAAUGUGAGAAGCCACCUCCCCUGCUCAGUAAAUGGCCUGUUGUUGGUGUGCCUCUAACUGUAAUCCCUCGGAAAAGGAAGGUCAGAAGCAGCCGUUUCUUUCCAUAUGAUGCCAUAUCAACAGAGGCUGUUUUGAGUCUGGAUGAAGACAUUGUACUACUGACAAGUGAAGUUGACUUUGCCUUCACUGUGUGGCGGAGUUUCCCAGACAGGAUUACUGGUUACCUCUCCAGAAGUCAUUUUUGGGAUAGUACAAAGGGGCACUGGGUGUACACCUCUAAAUUAACCAAUGAAUACUCCAUGAUUCUCACGGCAGCAGCAUUUUACCACAGGUAUUACAACCACCUGUUUACAUACUUCCUCCCGGAUAGCCUGAAGAAUCAGACUGGUUCAGCCUACAGCUGUGAAGACAUACUGAUGAACGUCUUGGUGUCAUCUGUUACCAAAGUCCCUCCUAUCAAGGUUGCACAAAAGAAGCAAUACAAAGAAACACUUCAGGAGCAGGGGAUGAAAAGUACACAAUUGCCCUAUACAGAUCCCAUUAUCCAUCGCCAGGAAUGUCUAAAUCAGUUUUCAUCCUGGUUUGGGUAUAUGCCAUUGAUUCAUUCACAAGUUCGAAUAGAUCCAGUUCUCUUCAAAGACCAGGUUUCAGUAUUCCGGAAGAAAUACCGAGAUUUAGAGAAGUCAUAAAAUGGAAACAUGCUGGUACAAUUUGGGUUCUUGGCCUCAUUAAAUAAGUUAUUUGUUUUUUUGGUCUGGUUAAAUAAGUUAUUGUCAGAAUAAUCAGCAAGUUGCUACAGGACAACAAAAUCAGUUAUUUGAAAUUGAUGCUGGUUGCUGUAGCAUGUACAGAUCAGGAGGAGCCUUUGAUUGGCUGCUCUGCUGAAAUGCAGGACAGCUGCCUGAAGGCAAUGAACAAUUCCAGAUGAUCUUAUGGAGGAUUCAAGUAACUACAACUUCUGAGGAGUGAUGUUUUUGUCAUAGACGUAUAUCACAUGGCCUACUUGCACUUAACAAGAACUUCAGCUCUUAUGAGUAAAAGAAAUUGAUAAUUGUAUGUAUUAGUAAAAGAAAGUCUCAUUACAGUUGCAGAUGUGUAGGGGUUAGGGCUUGUGAACCUGUUGGUGACCCACAUUACAAUAAAAGGACUUGAAAGGGAAAGUAGAUGUUAAAAUAAGCAAAUAAAUGAUAUUCACUUCAGAUGAACAAAUAAAAUAAACAAAUAAGAAACUUCACUAGGCGGCUUCAGCAUUUAUUGACAAAAAGCUGCCUGUAUAGUUUUGCCAAGCAACCUUUACUAUGUAUCUGGCAUGAACUCUUUUUGUUACUCUUAUGAUGUUGUAAGUUAUAAUACAAAUUUAACAGCAGCAUACAUGUCACCUGCCUCAUCAGUGAAUAGGUGAGGCAUUCUGGGUAUGAGUAUUACUGGCCACUUGAGCAGAAAAGAAUGAAAAGAUGACACAUUACUGUGCAAUGUAAUGAUAUUGUUUACCCAGGUCAACAGACAAAAAAGUUUUAUGCUUAUUUUUAUAUGACAUUAAGGUGACGAUGCAUGCAGACAAAUGUAAGGCCAAUGACAGAGUGAGUGAAGUUUUGAAAUAAAGGAUAUAUGGAAAAUAAAA